CCCACUCCGUGGGGUGACUCCGUGUGUCCCCACAGGCGCUGCCCUGCAGGACCCCGGCCUGGCCAUGGCACACGCCACACCCGGGACUGAUGAUUUAGAGAUCAUCGAAGAGGUUAUGAAGGAGGAUGGUUUCCAGCUGGAUCCGGCCCCUGUCUUGCCUAAAGCGCUGCCCAAAGGCUCAGCCAAGCUGGUGGCUCGUGGCUCCAGCCCCGUGGUGGCCCCUCGGCCCCCUCUGGCCGCCGGGCUGGCGCCGUACGGGUCCGUGGUGCUGCCGGCCGACACGCGGUCACCCCAGCUCGCCCAGAGCCUCAGCACCCUCUCGCUGUCGCCCAAGCUGGUGCCGCGGGGCACAACGGGCACCGGCGGGCGUCAUCGCUGGUCUCCGGCCACCGGGCAGAGCAAGGACCAGCUGGAGGAGCUGCUGGAGCCGCCCAAGCUGGUGAUCACGGAGCAGCCCAAGCAGCGGGGCAUGCGAUUCCGCUAUGAGUGCGAGGGCCGCUCGGCCGGCAGCAUCCUGGGCGAGAGCAGCACCGACGCCAGCAAGACGCUGCCGGCCAUUGAGCUGCUGAACUGCCAGGCCAUCCCCGAGGUGAAGGUGACGGCGUGCCUGGUGUGGAAGGACUGGCCCUAUCGCGUCCACCCCCAUGGCCUGGUGGGCAAGGACUGCAGCAACGGGCUCUGCGAGGUCGUCCUCAAGCCCCAGACCAACCCCAAGCACAGCUUUAGCAACCUGGGUAUCCAGUGUGUGAAGAAGAAGGAGAUCGAGGCGGCGAUAGAGAAGAAGCUGCAGUUGGGCAUUGACCCCUUCAAAGCCGGUUCCCUCAAGAACCAUCAGGAGGUGGACAUGAACGUGGUGAGGAUCUGCUUCCAGGCCUCCUACAAGGACGGUUCCGGGCAGACACGGCACCUCAGCCCUGUGCUCUCAGAGCCCAUCUUCGACAAGAAGUCCACCAACACCUCGGAGCUGCGGAUCUGCCGGAUGAACAAGGAGAGCGGUCCCUGCACGGGUGGCGAGGAGCUCUACCUCCUCUGCGACAAGGUCCAGAAAGAGGACAUCGCGGUGGUUUUCCGGAAGGAGACGUGGGAGGCGCGGGCGGAUUUCUCGCAGGCCGACGUUCACCGCCAGGUCGCCAUCGUCUUCAAGACGCCGCCCUACCAGCACCUGGAGCUGGCGGAGCCCGUGGAGGUGGAGGUUUUCCUGCAGCGCCUCACCGAUAGCGUCUGCAGCGAGGCCUUCCGCUUCACCUACCUGCCCACCGACCACGACGCCUACGGGGUG